CUUCCGUCAACAAAAGCGGUUGUCUGUAUUAAAUAUCUUUUGUGAGUUUGUUUUAUUUUCGACUGCAGAUUUUAAGAGCAUACCUAUAUAUGAAAAGAGAGUGAUUUAAAUUUGCUUCUACUGUCUAUAAUAUUAAAUGUGGUUGAGUAAGUUCACUCUACACUCUCUCAAACUUAAGUCUAUAGAAAAUAUUGUCUUAAUAAAUUCAGUUAUAAAGAGCAACUACUUUAUCUGCAAUCAAAUAAGAAAGAGGUCGACAAGCAAAGCAAUGGCAACACAAGAAAAACUAUUAAAAAUUCCCCAAGGCUUGAUUAAAGGUCUUAAAAGGAAAACUAUCUACGAUCAUGAUUUCUAUAGUUUUGAGGGUAUACCUUAUGCCCAACCUCCCCUAGGAGAGUUGAGAUUCAAGGCACCUGUAGCGGCCGAUAAUUGGUCAGAUGUUAGAGAUUGCCGUGAAUGUGACUUAAAGCCUUUGCAGAAAAAUCAUGAGGGUGUUGCUGAAGGCUUGGAAGAUUGUUUAUAUCUCAAUGUUUUUGCUAAAACACUAGAGGCUAAAGAAAAAUUACCCGUUAUGGUGUGGAUUUAUGGUGGUGCUUUUAAUACCGGCUCGGCUAUACGCAACAAAUACAGUCCCGAUUAUUUUAUGCAAGAAAAUGUUAUUUUAGUAACUUUCAAUUAUCGCUUGUCUUCUUUGGGUUUUCUUAGCAUGGAAGAUCCCUCUUGCGAAGUGCCCGGUAAUGCGGGUUUAAAGGAUCAAGUAAUGGCUCUGAAAUGGGUUAAAGAUAACAUUUCAUAUUUUGGUGGAGAUGAGGAAAAUAUUACCUUAUUUGGAGAAAGCGCUGGCGCUGCUUCGGUUCACUUUAUGACAGUAACAGAACAAACAAGGGGUCUCUUUCAUAAGGCUAUAUGCAUGUCCGGUUGUAUUUCCAAUCCUUGGGCUUUUAGUGGUAAAUCUACUGAGCUGCCUUAUCGUUUGGCUUGUGAGAAGGGUUACAGUGGCGCCAAUGAGGAUAAACUAGUUUUGGAAUAUUUAAGAAACAUGCCAGCGGAACAGCUGGUAUUGAUUGAUAAAUUAAAUUUGGAAGCUGUAGGUAAGGGUGGAUUCUAUGCUUUUAUACCCUGCCUAGAACCAUAUGAUAAUGAGACAGCUGUUAUCAGAAAACCUCUCGAGGAAUUGAUUAAAUCCUCCUGGGGUAAUGAAAUACCCAUGAUGAUAGGAGGCACUUCAUUUGAGGGUUUAGUAAGGUAUUCGCAAAUAAAGAAGAAACCGGUCUUGGAAAUAUAUAACGCAAAACCAGAACUAUAUUUCCCCGCUAAAGUACAAAAGAAACUAACUAAAGAAAAAACCGAGUUAUUAGUUAAACAAUUAAAAGAAUUACAUUUCAAGAAUACCAGUGAAAUAAUGGGUUUUAUGGAUUACGAUUCUUUUAUAUCAUUUUGGGAGGGCAUACAUCUUUUCAUCAAAUCCAGACAGUUGUCUUCUGGUGUACCCACCUAUCAGUAUCUCUUCGAUUUUGAUUCACCAACUUUUAAUCAUCAUCGCACUAUGUUUUGCAAUGGCGAUAUAAAUACUGGUGUUGCACAUGCUGACGACUUAUCUUAUAUAUUUUAUGCCUACUACUCUUGGAAAUUGGAAAAGGACUCUAAAGAGUAUUUAACCAUACAACGCAUGAUCAAAAUGUGGACAAAUUUCGCCAAAUCCUCUAAUCCAAAUUGUGAGUUCACUAAGGAUUCACCUUGGAAAACUGUAGAGGAAAGUAAUGUCAGCAAAUGGCUGAGAAUAUCCAAUGACUUAAAGUUCGAGGAAAUGCCAGAGGAUUUUAGGAAGAAAUUAAACUUUUGGGUUGGCUUGUAUGAUAAUUAAAGAAUGCGUGAAAUAUUUUUUUAAUUUACUAUUCAUUUCUAAAUAUCAUAUUAUAAAUAAACAAAUUUUUUAAUUAAA